AUGGGCAUUAAAGCGGCAUUGCCUACCUAUGAGCUGGGGCUGUACGCCCUGGUUGUGUCCUGUGCCAUCGCUUACAGUGGGCAGGAGAUCUUUGAGAGCUCCAGAGAUAGCAUGAAUCGAAAAGCUUUCCGCGAAAACAUAAAGCCAGGAUGGCAUUAUUUUGGCAGGAAAAUGGAUGUAGCCGACUUCGAAUGGGCCAUGUGGUUUACGUCGUUCAGAAACUUCAUCCUGUUUGCUCUUUCAGGGCACGUCCUUUUUGCCAAGAUCUGCUCCAUGGUGUCUGCUCAGCACAGGUCUGUGGUGUACAUGAUGUACGGCAUUCUGGCUGUGCUGGGAACCAUGGGAAGCAACUACCUGAUGGUCAUCCUGUCCCACUGCUUGGUGCUCUACACCGUGGGGCUGGCUAAACAGAGGUGGCUAUGUUUCAUCGCUGGUCUCUGCAGCCUAGCUUCAUUCAAGAUCGAACCCUUCAGCUCCUGGCAGAAUGGCUUUGUAACAGGAACUUUCGAUCUUCAAGAUAUUCUCUUUUACGGGGGGAGUGGAUUCACCAUCAUGCGUUGCAUGAGUUUCGCCCUGGAGAACUGCGAGAGGACAGAGGGAAAUUAUUCUGUCUUUGCCCUGCUGAAAUACAAUUUCUACCUCCCCUUCUUCUUCUUUGGACCUGUCAUGACUUUUGACCAAUUUCAUGUCCAGGUUCACAACCAUGAGCUGCAGCGUAAAGAUCGCGAGAUGUGGCACAUCAGCAUCCAUGCUGCCGUCCACCUCACAGCCAUUGUGGCUGUGGAUGUUUUUUUCCACUUCUUCUACAUCCUGACCAUUCCUUCGGACCUGAAGUUUGUGAACCGUCUCUCCGACUGGGCGCUGGCUGGCCUGGCAUACUCCAACCUGGUGUAUGAUUGGGUGAAAGCCGCCGUGAUGUUUGGGGUCAUCAACACCAUUGCCAGGCUGGACCACCUGGACCCACCGCAGCCACCCAAAUGCAUCACGAUGCUCUACGUCUUUGCGGAAACGCACUUCGACAGAGGGAUUAACGACUGGCUGUGCAAAUAUGUCUACAAUUAUAUUGGGGAGGACCAUGACAACAUCUUGAAAGAACUGAUGGCCACCAUCUCCACCUUUGCCAUCACCACCCUCUGGCUGGGUCCUUGCGAAAUCGUCUAUAUCUGGUCCAUCUGCAACUGCUUUGGCCUCAAUUUUGAGCUGUGGGUGCAACAGUUCUUUCAGCUGAAACCGUUUGCUGAAAAAGAGGCCAAUAUGUCGGAGGCCACGUCUCGGCGAGUCAGAGGCAUCUUUGGGGCAGCUAAUUUCUGGGCUAUUGUCCUCUACAACAUCCUUGCCCUCAACAGCCUGGACUUCGCCCUUCUUGUGGCCAAGAGGAUCUUCUUCACUG